GCAGACGUUGGGGUGCGCUCGUCUUUCUUCUUGCUCUUCGUCACAACGCACGCCAAAUGAAGAUCAAACUGCUGAGGACGGCCCUUGGGGUCCUGGUGACGCUGGCGCUGCUGGGGAGCGCCGCCGCCAAGCCCCACGUUCCCCCACCAGACACCCCCGACCCCCAACCCGAAGAUUUGGCUUUCAGUAACCAAACCCACCUUGUCAGCCACCACAAUCAAGGUGAAAGCCUUGGUAAGUCUGACGAAGGCAACGGACCUGGUCAGACGGACGCAAGGCACACAAGGGGCGUGGUCAGCGAGCCGACCAAACCUGGUCAAUUAAAACCUGGUCAGGCUAAGGCGUCUGGUCAAGCAAAAGAUCAUGGGGCUAAGGCGUCUGGUCAAGCCAAAGAUCAUGGGGCUAAGGCGUCUGGUCAAGCCAAAGAUCAUGGGGCUAAGGCGUCUGGUCAAGCAAAAGGUCAUGGGGCUAAGGCGUCUGGUCAAGCAAAAGAUCAUGAGGCUAAGGCGUCUGGACAAGCAAAAGCUAGUGAGGCUAAGGCGUCUGGUCAAGCAAAAGCUAGUGAGGCUAAGGCGCCUGGUCAGGCAAAAGAUAGUCAGACAAGUCAAGUUGGUGCAGGCAACAACACGAGCAACAGUUCUGCUGCAGUAGCCAGCCAGCUCACACCUAAUGAGACCGGUGCAAUUGAGCGACAUAAGAGGAUGGAUAGUUGCACGCCCAAUAGGAGGAUUUUCCAGAAAACUACACCUAAACGUGAUCCAAACUGUGUGCCAACGCCUAGUCAACCUAGUCGUGGAUCUCAGGGAUACCAAAAUAGUCAGCAUGGUGCUUGGACGAGUUCGAGGAGAUACAGAGACACGGAUAGCGUAACAGGAUCUAGUCAGACCGGGACUGAUGACCAGGCCGAACCUGGUCAGGAACCAGCAACAGAAGAACCGAAAUCAGACGCUGACAAUCAACCGAAAUCAGACCCUGAUAAUCAACCGAAAUCAGACGCUGGUACUCAGACCGGCACAAAUGAGAGGCGCAAGAGGACUGCAAGGAACCCACCUAAUAGGAGGAUCUUACAAUGGCAAUACUAAAGACAGGAACGAUUGCUCAGGCCAGAUCUGAUCAGACUGGGGCCAACUGAUCUUGCAGGACAGUUGGUCAUAACAAUUUUGGAUGAGACUACGUCAGGACGAAUAUGGUUACACUGACAGGUGAUUUCAUUGAAUUCAGUCUAGGGCGAGCUUCUUACAUUUAGAAUAUAUUUUGAAUGCAAAAAAUUCGAAUUUUUUUGUCAAAAUUAUUUGUUCAAAGAUUGUUCAAAGCUCAAAGGUUUAAAAAGCAUGCAAUAAACUAAUGACACAGU